AUGCCCGAGCCGGCCAAGUCCGCGCCCGCCCCGAAGAAGGGCUCCAAGAAGGCGGUGACCAAGGCGCAGAAGAAGGACGGCAAGAAGCGCAAGCGCAGCCGCAAGGAGAGCUACUCGGUCUACGUGUACAAGGUGCUGAAGCAGGUGCACCCCGACACCGGCAUCUCGUCCAAGGCCAUGGGCAUCAUGAACUCCUUCGUCAACGACAUCUUCGAGCGCAUCGCGGGCGAGGCGUCGCGCCUGGCGCAUUACAACAAGCGCUCGACCAUCACGUCGCGGGAGAUCCAGACGGCCGUGCGCCUGCUGCUGCCCGGCGAGCUGGCCAAGCACGCCGUGUCCGAGGGCACCAAGGCCGUCACCAAGUACACCAGCUCCAAGUGAUGUGCUUCCGCCACUGUCAAACCCAAAGGCUCUUUUCAGAGCCACUC